GAUUGGAGACCAAUCGUUGCAGCUUUGGGUUGACAAAACGAGCGUGGGGCAUUUACUUUCGUAAAACCUCCUUGCGUCAGAAACAUGCCUCAUUCCUUCGGUACCCGUGCGCGUACUCGCCACAUGUUUGCCCGUUCGUUCCGCCACCGCGGGAUGAUCAACAUGACGACGUACUUGCGUACGUUCAAGGUGGGCGACUACGUGGACAUCAAGGCCAACGGUGCCGUCCACAAGGGUAUGCCCCACAAGUUCUACCACGGCCGCACCGGCCGCGUGUACAACGUGACCAAGCGCGCCGUCGGCGUCCGCGUCAACAAGGUGGUGGGCAACCGCAUCAUCCACAAGCACAUCAACGUGCGUUUGGAACACGUGCAUGCGUCCAAGUGCCGCCAAGAUUUCUUGGACCGCGUCAAGUCCAACGAAAUCAAGAAGAAGGAAGCGCGCGUCACCGGCGUGCGCCUUGCCAUCAAGCGCGAACCUACCCAACCCAAGGCCGCGUACACGUUGAAGACCCAGGGCGUGACCCCCGUCACGUUGGCUCCGCAACCUUUCGUCGACUUGAUGUAAGCAGCGACCUAGUGUCGACCAGCAAGGAGGCCAUUUUAACGAAACGAGCGUGUGUUUCGAUAAUGACGAGUGAAAGCACGCGAACAUUGCGGUCGUGGACGUCCC